CUUAAUGAAACUUGUUGUUAUUAUAACAACAUAAAGGGUGUUGUUAUACUAUCCGCACCCCCAAAUGUACCCGACCCGACCAUAGCGUGAGGUGAUGCUUUUGUGAAACUUUACAUGUCUUUGUCUGCCACGACUCUUUUCUCCUUCCCUGUAAAACAAAACAUGAAUAGCUACUUAAUUCUUUUUUAUCUACAUGUAGGUGGGAGUUAUUGAAAUGGAUUUUUAUUGUUAUCUACUUUUAAAUGUUGGAUACAGGCUUAGCUUUCUGACACCAUAAGAACACAUUGAGAAUAUAUGUGAUCAAUAUCUCUGUUCUAUUACUAAUGAUUCUGUCUUGUGAAACAACAACUAACUUGCAGAAAUAAUCCUCCAAUUAAAAAAGAUGAAACAAUCAAACUAAGAUGGUCAAACAUUUGUACAUAAAAAGCUUGAUAGUUGCAGAUGAAUGAGAAUGAGAUGGUUUCUUUCUGCAGUGCUUGGAACAAAUCCAACAACAUAUAUGAACAUCAAUUAUAGCUCAUGAACCUAUGUUGAUGUAGAACAACCAUAUUAAGAGAUCCUGCUCCAAAAUGAAUUUAAGAAACUAAUUUUCUUCCGUAUAUCUCAAUAUAGCAUAAGAUUAGUAGAUGUGGAGAAUUACUACUCAAAGCAAAAUCUGAAAUUAGUUAUGAAAUAAAAUCACAUUGCUGUUUGAUUUUAUUAUUAUAGGUUAUUAGUGUUUCAUUUUAUUUACACAAAGCUCAAUGAUUUGCAUGUUGGACACUUGGGAUAAGAUUGAGCUCAAAUGGAAACAGAUGUCACCAACCCAAAUUUCCCUUCUUUCUCCUCCUCUGCCUCUCAACGUUCUAUCCCUCUGUUAGCAAGCACCAUCAAAAUCAAGAGACCAUAUGUAGUUGGCAUUCUGGGGAAAGUUUUUCCUCUAAUGAUAUUCAGCCAUCAUCGCAUGAGCCUCUGGAAAAUCAGAGUAAAGAUCGCGUCGGAGGGAAUUGGGAUGAGGUAGAGCAGAGAGAGGAAAAGAAAUUGAAAGAAUUCCAUCUCACCCCGGUCUUUCGCUGGACUAAUUUUUCCACAACAGAAGUUCGACUCAGAAGAUCCCUUGGGAGUUUAGUGGAUUUGCAGGGCAAAAAUUGGUUGUUGACUCUUGAGAUUCAUCGAAAACCGACAAAGGUGGCACUUCAAAGACCGACACGGAGCCCUGCAAUUAAUCAGUCUCAUGGUUCACUUUCGCCUCAGUAAAUCAAUGGAGAAGAGAUGGGAAGAAAGGAGAACCAAAUGACCAUCGUUCUUCUCUAUUCUGCUUAUCGCGAACCUCGAAGGAGAAUCGACAACCCAACAACUUGGUCAGCCGCCGGUCGUUCUUCUUGAAUGAUUGGGUCUGCUUCUGAUGGACGAAAGGGGAAUCGGGAUCAGAUCUGGAAUGGCAGCCAACAAAGGGUCUACUGAAGAAACUCCCUAAAUGGAACGAACCGAGAGACGGAACGCCGCUGGAAGGAGAAAGCUAAAUCCCCCUUCCGGUUCAGAGGAGUCAGAAUCAUUGUUGUCGUCUCCGUUCCUUGAGUUGAUAUCCUCAGGUGUCGUCGUCGCCCAUGUAUCUUCCAGAUUCUUCUUCGGGCGCCCGAUUUGGCUAGCCGCCAAGAAAUUCGUCGCCACCAUCUCCCUCCGCCGUGUCAUUCAGCUGGUUCAGGGAGGUGAGAGAGAGGGGAAAUCAGGUGUCGUUUGCCUUCGUCCGAUCGCGGGUUCGGAGUUGGGAAAUGCGUUGUCGCCACAAUCUCCUGCCGGCGUCUGGUCGGAGGUUACAGAGAUGGCAUGUUGUGAAUCGGGGAAUGAGAUGGGAUGGGAGAGAAGGGCCGGCGUUUGGUCGGUUGUAGGUUACGGAGAUGGGAAGUUCUGGAUCGGGUAUUGAGAUGGGAAGGGAUGGGAGAGAAAGGCAGAAGGUUUGGGAGGUGGGAGAAAAGUAAAUUUCAACUAUCGAGAACGUAUUCUUUUUGUUUUUCCGAGGGGGCCCACCGAUCAGGCUAGCAUCAAUGGUCACAUGUUGCCUAAAUAUUAACAUCAACGGUCACAAUUGGCCUAAAUCUAUCAUCAACGGCCAAAUUUGGCCUGCCCAAAAUAGAUACACAUGGGCUUUACGUAGAUUGGACCACAUGAAUCAUCAAAUCUCUCGUUGAACAGUGCCACGCGAUUUUUCGUAAGGAACAGUGUUUUCGAUUUUUGGUAAUUUUUGUCUGCUUGUGGCUUAAUAAUUCUAAUAGCUUAAAACAACGUUUCUACCGCUAAAUAAUGAUUUGCUGAAGUACGGAUAGAUAAAUCGUCCGAGUUUAAUAAUUGAAAUGUACUUGC